AUGGUGACGCGGCGAUCUCACACGAAGUCCCGCUAUGGGUGCACGGAGUGCCGGCGGAGGAAGGUCAAGUGUGACGAGUCGCGCCCAGCUUGCUUCGACUGCACACGCCGAGGUUCCCGUUGCAUUUACUUGGCCUUGCGCACUCAAAAUGCCCCGAUCCCAGCAAAAUCUCCUUCGGUGGCGCCGCCGGGCCGUGUCCUGACGUUUGAUGGAGUCUCGGGAUCACCUCCAAGUCUGUUCAAACUCGGCGAUCAUCUCGAGGACGGCCUUUUGCAAUUGUCACCAAUUGUGACCAAGAGAUGGGCGUGCAGCAUGGAGCUGAUGCACCAUUACUCAGUCUCCACAGCAAACACGCUAGCUCUCCGCUCUGAUAUGCAGGAUGUCUGGCGUACGGUGGUGCCAGAAAUGGGUUACGAACAUCCUUUCGUGCUGGACGGCAUCCUAGCUGUGGCUGCAAUACACAAAGCCCAUCUGCUGCCCCUCCAACGGGAAAAAUACCUCGAUAUCGCAGCAUACUAUCAAACUCGCGGUCUUGGGGGCUUCCGUUCCGCUCUGUUCUAUAUCGGGGACACAAACUGGAAGCCCUCGUUCUGUUUCUCCUCCACCAUUAUUCUCUACGUCUGCGCUUUGGCUGCUCAUAGCAACGGAGAACCAGCACUCGGCACGGUGUCGGAAGUCCUCAAGCUCUUUGUUUUGCUCCGCGGAUUUCGCAGCGUCCUUUUGCCUUGCCAAGCAGAGGUUCGGGAGACGCAAUUCGCGCCGUUGUCGCACGGAAUCUGGAUUGUUGAAGAGAAUAGCAAGGACUUUGAGUACGUCCCCGUAAUCUGGCGUGCCUUUUGA